AUGCGCUACACCCUACCACUCGGGAGUCGGCCGUUCGGCCCGCUGUGCAUUAUGCCCCAGAUGGAGGUGGUCGAACUGGAGCCGCGACCAACCAACAGGGACAACCGCCUCUAUGGCGCAUCGGAACUGUCCGGUUUGGGUAGGACGGGGCAUCAGUCACAAAGGCGGCCCCAACACAACCAGGAUCCUGAUCACGAUGCAGAAAGUACCGUGGCCGUAUUUCCAGACGAGCUAGACCGGAUCCUCGAAAAAUUGGUCAUUGUCGUGCCUUGCAAAGAUGAGCCGGUCGACGUCAUCAGGGGGGUGAUCGCAGGCAUCCCGAGCCGCUGCGCGGUGAUCUUGGUGUCGAACUGUUCUCACCAGCACGGAGAGAACGGUUGGGAGGCUCAAGAAAGAAUGCUGGCAGGAUUCUGUGCUUGGGGUAGGGAGGGGUGUUUUGUACACCAGCAAUAUCCCGGCGCCGCAAUGGCGUUUAAGGAAGCAGGAGUCCCCGAGAUCCUAGAUACAGCUUCCGGGAGAAUACGAAACGGGAAAGGGGAGGGGAUGUAUUUGGGCAUUGCCAUGGCCAAGUCCUAUUUCCCACACCACCAAUACAUUGGCUUCAUCGACGCCGAUAAUCGCAUUCCGGGCUCCGUGGUAGAAUACUGCAAGGCGUACGCCGGUGGGUUUGCUUUAGCACAACGCUCUGCAGCCAAAAGUGGUACAGAGCGCGAAGAUGUUAUGGUCCGCAUCUCAUGGGCUAGCAAGCCCAAAUACAGCGCGAGCACUGGUCGGAUCGAGUUCGUCCAACAAGGACGAAGUUCUCGCAUCAUCAACUCGUUUCUAAACAGGCUGUUUGCGAAAGCGGGACAGCAGGACGAGUUCAUCACGACGGGGAACGCUGGGGAGCACGCCAUGACCAUGGAGAUGGCGCUGAAGAUGAGGAUGGCAAACGGGUAUGCCAUCGAGCCGUUUCAGUACAUUGAGCCGCUCCUGAGAAACAAGAUCCCAUCCGCGAAUCUGCCCAAUGCUUCCCAGACAACCCGCAUUGUUCAGAUCAAGACUGCAAAUCCUCAUCUGCAUCGUGAAACGGGGGAUGAGCAUAUUAUCAAGAUGUGGGCAGCUGGUCUGGGGGCUCUAUACCAUCACCUUCUUGGGGUAGACUCAGUUUCAGGCCUUGGAACCACCACUCUUGCCACCCUUCGCAAGGAUAUGCACAGAUUUGCCUUACAGAAUGGCGCGAUCCAGGGCCAAGAAGAGCUCCCACGUCCAAACAUCUACCCCUCUCUCGAUAACGCCGAUUUAGAUUCGUUCCGGGAUCUUCUUGGCGAGCCGUGUUCGGGUCAUGUAUAUGAAGGUCUUGGUUUCUAUGGAUUGGUAGACCAAGCAUGGGCCAGCUCAGGCACGAACAGCCCGGCAUCUCAGUCAACCUUGGAGCACGAUUCGUGGGGAGAAGAUGAUCAACGGUCUUCUGCCUCCUCGGAGGAAGAACCUGAGGUCUUGUCAGACUCCUCGAAACAGGGCGAGUGA